AUGGAAAACGAUGCUGGAGAAUUCGUGGACUUGUAUGUCCCCCGCAAGUGCUCUGCAAGCAACAGGAUCAUCCAUGCCAAGGACCACGCCUCAAUUCAAAUCAACUUCGCUGAGGUUGACGAAGCCACCGGUGUCAUGACUGGAACAUACAAGACCUACGCCAUUUGCGGCAGCAUUCGUCGCAUGGGUGAGAGCGACGAUUGUUUGACUCGCCUCGCGAAGAAGGACGGCGUCAUCGCAAGAAACUUCUGAAAGACUCCACCGCGGAAACGUGUUUUGUUUUCGGUGAUGUGUUUCACGGAAGAGUCUGAUUAAAAGCUGUCCGGAAAAAAAAAA